CCUGACCCCAUAUGCCUGACCCCACCCCCGGUGUCGAACGUUUCAUUGUUCAUUUAUUGUUAAAAGCUUUACGAUGUCGGGCCCUCGUGACGAAGAGCUUGAGGGACGCUAAGGAACACUAAUAUAUAAUCAGGAAUCGCUUAUUGUUACCGGAAUGUCGCAAUCGUUACUGAAGGCAGCUGUGUGCGUGGUCAGAGCUGCGAGGCCACGAAUCGGCGACGCAUUCUCCGCGUCCGUCCGGCAAUCCUGCCGUGUCGCGACGUCGGGCUCCCCGACGGGAUGCGAGCGCGUGCAGUCGGCGAUGCGACCCGGUCGCAUCGGUGCCUCAUCACAAGUUGCCUGCCUUCAUACGGACCCAUGGCGCGGCGACGACAGCGCGAAUGCGACCGAGACGGACGAUGCGCGGCCCGACGCGUUUGACUCUCUCAUCCAGAGACUACACCGCCGGCGGGGUCGCAUGAACGACAGCGGCGCAACGCGGGGUCGCCCGGACAACGACGGCGGCGCAACGCGGGGUCGCCCGGACAAUGACGGCGGUGCUGUGCGGGAUCACCCCGAGGUCAAGGUCGAGGUCGACGAGGCGUACGACACGCAGCUGUCGAUGAUGCUCGCCGACGCCGCGUUGCUAGGUGGCGCCACGGUGCUGUUCCGCGAGAGCUGCGCGCGCGACGUAUACCCGUCGUUCGAGACGAUGCAGCGGCUCGUCGUGUCGCACAGCAAGCAGGGGGCGCUGCACGAGAUCGACUUCGUCGGCAGCGUCUGCAGCGCCAUCUACCCGGCGAAGCACCGGCGCGCGCUUGCCUUCCAGCACUAUGUUGCCGAGGCGCACGGCCACAACGGCCGCUUUGCGCAGUCCAUGCGGCUGUUCGGCGCCCUCUACCGGCGGCACGUGGCAAGCCGCGGCAAGAUUGCGAACCUAUCGAAGUUUGUGAUGGCGAAGAUCGUGCGCGCGAGCGAAUCAAGCGGCGGCGGUGAGGGCGACGACCCCGUGGAUCACGCGCUGGCGUUUGCGGAGCUGUGUCGCGUGUGCAGCGGCAGCCUGCGGCCCGCGUCCAACCUGUGGAAGCUGCUGCUGCUCAGCCGGCAUCCGUCGCACCGGCAGCUCGCCGACCGGCUGCCGGACGACUUCCCGGGGCUUCACGAAGCCAUCUGCGAGAAGCUGCGGCCGCUGUGCGACGAGGUGCUCGCGCAGAAUCGCGCCGACGUGUUGUACCGGCUCGUGAGCGUUGUUGAGCACAGAAAGAUGGCCGACCACAAGCCGAUGGUCUUCAACGGUCUGAUGCAGCUCUACUGUGACAACUCCGAUCUUGAGGGCGCUGCUGAGGUCUUCUGGUAUGCACAAAAGAACAACAUCAGGUUGUCAGCCGAUGCUGUGAAGAGCUUGGUGAAUCUGUACUACGUCAUGCAGAAGAGCGUGCCCAUUGAGGUACUGCAGCAGAAGUACAACUACCAUCCUGCAGCGGAGAGUGCCACCAAGUCUAAACCGCCCGGUUUUUCAUUUUAGUUUGGGGUGGGAAUUUCUUACCCUUUGUUUGCAACAUGGUUAUGUCAUGAACAUGAAUGGAUUCAAUGAUAAAUUGCGGACGUAGUCACGUUAUUAAUGUGAUAAGUUUAUCUGUAAUUUCUCCCACGAUUAUCGUUGUUUAACCCGAGUGACAUCCUGUCAACAAUGUGAAUGUGGCGUUCACCGCCUCUUCACCUAAGCACAUGAUAUUUGACAGAUAGGAUGCUGUGUAAAAAUAUAACCUCAGUCUAAAAAUAUGUUGCGGUAAGUAUAUACUAUGCUGAACAUCUAAUCAGUGGAUUAAUGUGGAUGGAAUAGUUGUUUACUCAAUACAACCAUGUCCAUAUAUAUUUGCAAAAGACACACAUAAAUAGAUAAUUUUUUUCUAUUGGUUUGCCAUGGUUGAUGUGUGGAUAGUAUGAAAUAGAACCAGCCUGUAUGCAUGUGGUAUUCGAGAUAACAUUGUAUUUGAAGUUCCAUAUUUGCUUACAGUGUUUUGAAUCAAUUCCAAGUCUUGGCCUUCAGUAGUCCUUCAGUGUAAAAAUGUACAUUACUGCUAAGAGUGUUGGAACCUAUAAUGAAAAGACAUGCUACCUGUUAAUGCAUAUAUGUCAGGAAUAAUUAAUAUGGGUUAUUUACUCAUGAUGUAGGUAUAUUAUUACUCAAAACAAUAUUUAUUGUUAUUAUCCUUCUUUAUUGACAGUCACAAUUUGUAAGUGUUGACAAAUAGCAAGUGUACAUUUCACCGUGUA